CGUAGGAGGAAGGAGACGCCAUUAGAGGAGGCGCCGAGGCAGCCGUCUUCGCUUGUCUUCGGCUUCCCGGCGCGGGGCUGGGGCUCUUCCCUCCCGCCGACGUUCCCUCGGCCUUGCCAGGCCUCGCGCGGAGGCGGAGUGGAGCCGGCGCCCGGGUCGCAGGGCCGGGCGGAGGGCCUGCUCGCGCGGCCGUAAAGGCGCUGCGGCGGCCGGGAGGCAACGCGAUGGCUGCGGGCGGCGGGGGCGGCGGGGCGGCGGCGGGCCGAGCCUACUCGUUCAAGGUGGUGCUGCUGGGGGAAGGCUGCGUGGGGAAGACGUCGCUGGUGCUGCGCUACUGCGAGAACAAGUUCAACGAUAAGCACAUCACCACUCUGCAGGCAUCAUUUUUAACAAAGAAGUUAAAUAUUGGUGGGAAAAGAGUAAAUCUUGCCAUAUGGGAUACAGCAGGUCAAGAGAGAUUCCAUGCAUUGGGUCCAAUUUACUACAGAGAUUCAAAUGGAGCUAUUUUAGUUUAUGAUAUAACAGAUGAAGAUUCUUUUCAGAAGGUUAAAAACUGGGUCAAAGAAUUACGGAAAAUGUUGGGAAAUGAAAUCUGUUUAUGUAUAGUUGGUAAUAAGAUAGAUUUGGAAAAGGAGAGACAUGUUUCCAUUCAAGAAGCAGAAUCGUAUGCAGAAUCUGUGGGAGCAAAGCAUUAUCAUACUUCAGCCAAACAGAACAAAGGAAUUGAGGAACUCUUUCUUGACCUUUGUAAAAGAAUGAUAGAAACAGCGCAAGUGGAUGAGAGGGCAAAAGGCAAUGGCUCCAGUCAGCCAGGAGCUGCAAGGCGAGGUGUACAGAUUAUCGAUGAUGAGCCUCAAGCCCAGAGUGGUGGCGGAGGGUGCUGUUCUUCUGGAUAACUGUUCACACCUAAGAAAUUUAAAACAAACUGUGGAUCAUUGCCCUCAACAUGAAGACUGCCAUAUUCCAAGUCACAUUAUUUUACCAAUGGAAUUAUAGAAUUAACAGUAUUUUAAAUUACAUUUAUAACACUGCAGAGACCUUAAGUGCUAAACAUAGUGGAGUUUGUGACCAGAGAAUUGGCAUUUUCUACAAAUGUUAACAAAGCAAUUACCAAUGGCCUUUUUACAUAUUUUUUCUUUAAUAAGGAAUAGUGUGCAUGUGGAAAAGACCUACUUAAAGCCUUCAUUUAUAUUCUUUUAAAUCAAAUCUUUAUUUAAUAACUUAUAUAUGUUAUUGGAAUGGUAUACAUUUUUGCAGCCCUUUGCAUUUUGUGGUAAUUUGAAUUGUAUCACUUCUAAACAGCAAACUGUUUUUGUUUUUGUUUUUUUUUUAUUAGCAGAUACCCGAAGUACUAUUUUUGCAGGGUUUGCACAGGCCCCUAACUGUCUACUACUUUGGUAUAAUCUGUAUACAUCCUGUAUGCUGAGCUGGUAAAAUAACAUUGUAAAUUACGUAUUAAAUAUUUUAUUUGCUUUUACAGGCACAAGGUGCAAAAAUAUAUACAGUAGUCUCAUUGAUGACUGUAAAGUGAAUUAACAUUUGGCAAUAAUGCCUAAGCUUUUUGUCUGAUAUAAACAUCAUAGCUCCCCUUCACUACUUUUGUCUUGACUUGAAAGUGGUGUGUUUAAAUUUUCACAUAUACUUUACUUGAAUUAUUGCUGUUACAUUUUUUCAUUUCUUGCCUCUUAUUAUAAGUCCAUCUGAUGAUUGAACAACAGCAUUUGCCUUUUGGUUUGUGGGUUUUUUUAUUUUUUGGAUAAAAGAGACGACUUCUGCCAAUUUUCCUUAGAAUGGUUAACUUAACUUAGAAGUGUUUGAGUGGAGUAUGCUGAGUUUCACUUCUGCGAUGGCUUUAGUUUUCUCUUAGGCUUUAUUUAUGUGAGAUGGGCUCACUAGUGUGAGAAGAAAGGAAGAGGUCCCAAAUAGUAACCACUGACCAAGACUCAUUUAUGAGGCAUGCUAGUGGUAGUAGAAGACAGCACUUUUAGAUCCUUUGUGAGCAAGUUGUAUUGGUUCAUUGCUUGCCAGAGAUGAACACAGAAAGUUUUGUUUGAUUUUAUAAGAGAUAUCCUUCUGAGUUUCUGUGAAGGGAAACAUUUCGUGUAAUGCAGUUGAAGUGAACACUGGAAAGAUUUACUAUAAAAUUAUAUUCUUGUAUACUUUGUAAAUUAGUCUCUCAUUAGGUUUUUUUUUUCCUUAAGUAUAAGACUGAACUUAAAUUUGUUAAUUUUAAUAGAAUCAGGCACUGCUCACAGAAGGAACACAAAUUGUGGAAAUUAACCUAAGUUGUUCUUGUUUUAAUAUAUAUAUUUUUCCAUUUCUGUCAUGCUUGGAAAACUAGUAAAUGUUUGUCUAAGAUAAAAUGGAAUGGUCCCUGGAUUUACUUCUUUUAAGAAGCGUUAGUAUGCAAUAAAGUUGUUAGCAUGAACAA